CCACAUCCUCCCGGGAGCCCGAGACCCCUGGGCCUCUUCCCCAGGUAGAUCCUUGCCCCUCCCCCGGAUACCUGAUGUGACAGCCAGCUCCCUUCUCGGCUCCUCAAACAUGGCUGAAACCAUCUUUGGCAGUGGGAAGGACCAGUGGGUAUGCCCCAAUGAUCGACAGCUUGCCCUCCGAGCCAAACUGCAAAGUGGAUGGUCAGUACAUACGUACCAGACGGACAAACAAAGGAAGAGCCAGAGCCUCAGUGCUGAGGAGGUGGAGGCCAUCCUGGAGGUGAUCCAGAGGGCUGAGAAAAUGGACAUCAUGGAGCAGCAAAGAAUUGGGAAGCUGGUCGAGAGGCUGGAGAACAUGAGGAAGAACGUGAUGGGCAACGGUGUCUCCCAGUGCUUCCUGUGUGGGGAGCCCCUGGGCCUCCUGGGCAGCUCCUCCGUCCUCUGCCAGGACUGUAAGAAGAAAGUCUGCACCAAAUGUGGGAUUGAGACAUCCAGCAGUCAGAAGCGGACUCUGUGGUUGUGUAAGAUAUGCAGUGAGCAGAGAGAGGUGUGGAAGAGGUCCGGGGCCUGGUUCUACAAAGCACUGCCGAAAUACAUACUGCCUCUGAAGAUACCGGGCCAAGCCAGUGAACCCCACUUCAGGCUCCCCCCUAUAGAACCGCCCAUGAGUGAUCCAAGGAACAUCAGCACUAGUCGAUGCUACUCCUGGGCCCGAGGGAAAGUGGUUUCUAGUGACAGCGACAGUGACUCAACCUUGAGCUCUUCCAGCCUGGAAGAGUUGGGGGCCAAGAGCUCCAAAGAUAGCAAAUGCAGAACAGAAUCAGGUGGCAGCAGCGACCUUCCCAGAGCAGCCCAAGGCCAGGCUCUGCCUCCCAGCCAUCCCUCAGAGAGUGGGACCAGCCUCAGCAGCGAGGCUGGGGGAGUGCACAGUGGCCCAGAGAGUGGCCCGGGAGACCGGCAGGGGGACGCUUCCGACAGCGACACUCACAAGGCUCCCAGCAAGAGGCACACCUGGAUGAGUCCCCGUUGCUGAUGCAGGCAAAGGAACCCGUCUUGGCUUUUGUCACAGGCUCACACAAACUGGACUUUCCUGUGGAAUACACACAAACACACACACACACACACACACACACACACACACACACACACACACACACUCACACUCACAUACUGUUCCAGACCCUGGGAACUUUUUGUUUACCAAGCUUCCUUGAGGAUUCGCUCUGAGCUGGAACAGGAUCAGCCUUUCCUGCAGCCCCCACAGACCCUGGUGGUCCUUUUAUAACAGUAACUGGGCCAUUCCUGUACUCAGUUCAGAGAGCUACUGCCCACUCCCGGGGAAAGUGAGCCGAUUUCAAGGAUGGAUGGCUCGAAGAGGAGAGCGACAGCCGCCCUUGGCCUCCUCCUCUUUCCUCCUGGACACUGGGACCUGGAUCACCCUUUGUCUGAAGGGCUCCCAGCCAGAUGUUGAUGCUGGAUCUCCAGGGGUGGGGGAUUAAUAGGAACGGGGUAAAGCUAGUGUUCUGCCUUCAUCACCCUUCUGUCUCUACCCCACUUGGGAAGGGAGCACUGCCUGAAGAUUCUGUCUCUUUCUAUUCUUUUUUAUUCAGUUCUCCUAUUUCUACCCCUGAAUGAGCCCUCAAAGUCGCUGCCCAGAAUGGAGAGACUUUCAAACUAACAGUGGGGGGAUCUACCCACUGGUUUUGGAGGGGGGCCAAGGGCAACACCUGCCUCUUUAGGGUAAGGAAAACAUAUCUGAGCGCUAGUGAUGAAGUUAAUGAACUUGGGCCAAAGAAUGAGCGGAGAGUCCAGGUGAGACUUAGAUUCACAGACAGAGACAAAGAGAUACAUAAAUAGAGAAACCCAGAGAGAGACUCGGAGGCAGAGGGAGAAAUUCUUUAAGAGGCUGCUCUCCCCCACCCCUUCUCCCUGCUCCAGGCUGUCUCCCCCACUCCUCCUCUCCCCUGCCAGAGGCUGCUCUCCCCCACUCCUCCUCUCCCCUGCUCUCUGGGCCACCAUUGAGAGCUCUCUCUGAAGCUCCCUCCCCAUCCUUGGUCAGCCUGAUUAAAAUUCCUCAGCUCCCCUUUCCUGCCUCGGGUUUCCUGAUUAGUCUCACUUCAGCCAGAGUCAAAGACAACCAUUGGGUGUCUGACAGCGCUCAGGAAUGAAUAGCAGAGAUUUCUCCUCCUCAGUAGCCAGUUUGGGGCUUAUUCUCUUGCCAAGACACGUGGGUCCCAGAAGCCAUCGGUUCAUUUUCUUCAGAAGCUUCAGCUUGGCAUGGAAAAUACCAGAUUCACAGGGGCUGGCAGACUCUUUUGGAAAAAUCCACCCCAACGAGACGCCUUUGGGGGUGGGUGGUUUGUGUUUUUCCCCUUCUUUGUUUGAAUUAAUGUCAGUUCGUUGUCUGUUUCCUCUCGUCCCCUCUGAUUUCCCCGGGUUCGAGGCUUGCCACCCUAGCUACGGACUGGUCUCAGGGGACCUGAGCUCUCCUCUUGUUGGAACAAUAGAUCUGGGGACAGAAACCUGCUGUUUCCCUGUGACGAGGUAUCUUUCAAGAAGAAAACAAUAAAAAAAAUAGAAUUUG